CUCCCCCAAGACGCCGAUGAAGCCUUACGAGAAGGACUGCGCCAAAUAGUUCCGCAAUUCAGUCGUCGAAAAUGGCAGAAGGGUCGUCAGUGCUGGUAUACCGACACACCACAAGGUGAUUUUGUGGUUGACACGCAUCCUUCCAUAGAUGGCCUAUUCAUUGCAACCGGUGGUUCUGGACAUGCGUUCAAGUUUCUACCAAUUCUAGGGCGGUACAUUGCCGAUUGCUUUGAAGGAACAGCAACUGAAGAGGUUAGCACAAAGUGGAAGUUCCCGAAUGGUAGGAGGUACCCAAACGAUGUAAUCGUCUGUGAUGAUGGUAGCAGAAGAGGUCCCAAG